ACUGGAGACAUUGCAGCCAUUUGCUUGAAAUUCGAGGCUCUCCCUGUGUGUUGGUGCCUGCCCAGACCCAUCUGGCCUUGGGAUGGGUGUUUUACUGUUGCCAUCGUGUUUGAGCUGCUUCAGAUGACAGUGCAUAGCCUGGUGCUGCUGCACUUGUGAUUCUUGCCAGAGCAGUGCCAACUGCAAGGAACGCUGCUCUAGCUCAGAGGAGGAAACCACAACCUUCAGACUCGAAAUGAUGCCACCAAGGAGCUUUUGGUGCUCUCUUGUACUGCUGGGAGUUUUCCCACUGGUCACAAGGGGAUGGAUGGAUGUGGACCAGAGCAGGAGCCUGUAUUCAGAUGUGGGGAGGUUGCAUCAAGAGGACUCCAGAAGGUUUGAAGUUACAAGAAGAAAAGUGCUGCAGGGGCAGGAGGGGCCCUGCCAGAGGCGAUUCUGCGGCCGGGGAAGCCGGUGUGUGCUCAACGGGGACACGCAGCAGCCCGAGUGCCGGUGCCUGGAGGAGUGCAAGGCCACCUACAUGCCCGUCUGUGGCUCUGACGGCAGGUUCUACGAGAAUCACUGCCAGCUGCAUCGAGCCUCGUGCCUGCAGAGGAAGAAAAUCUACAUCGUCCACAGCAAGGACUGUUUCUUCAAAGGGGACCGGUGCACAAUGGCAGACUACAGCCGGCUGAAGAGCAUCCUGCUGGACCUGCAGGCCCGGAGGCAGAGUCCCCCUGGCAGCCUGGCCAAGGACAGGCCAGCCCAGCAGCGAUUCCUCAUUGGAGAGCUCUUUAAGCACUUGGAUCUCAACAGUGAUGGGCACCUCAGCAGCUCUGAACUGGCUCAGUUGAUGAAGAAGGAGGACCUGGAGGGUGAUUUACUGGGCUGUACACUUGAAGACCUUCUCCAGUUUGAUGAUUACAACAACGAUGGCCACCUGACCCUGCAGGAGCUCUACACAGCCUUCCAGGUGGUCCAGCUGAGCCUGCCCGAGGAGCAGCGGGUCACCGUGACCACCAUCACCGUUGGCCUCAGCGCCGUGCUGACGUGCGGCAUCCGCGGGGCGCUGCGGCCACCCAUCGUCUGGAAGCGCAACGGCGUCGUGCUCAACUUCCUCGACCUGGAGGACAUCAACGAUUUUGGAGAAGAUGAUUCCCUCUACAUCACCAAGGUAACAACAAUUCACAUGGGCAAUUACACCUGUCAUGCCUACGGCUAUGAGGAGCUGUAUCAGACCCACAUCCUUCAGGUGAAUGUGCCUCCGGUGAUCCGCGUGUACCCCGAGACGCAGGCGCAGGAGCCGGGUGUUUCAGCCAGCCUGAAAUGUCACGCCGAAGGGAUCCCUAAUCCCCGCAUUACCUGGCUGAAGAACGGCAUUGAUAUCAUGCCAAAACUAUCCAAACAGCUAUCGCUCCUCGCAAAUGGAAGUGAGCUCCACAUCAGCAGUGUUCGCUAUGAAGACACUGGUGCCUACACCUGCAUUGCCAAAAAUGAGGUGGGAGUGGAUGAGGACAUUUCUUCCCUUUUCAUCGAAGACUCAGCGAGAAAGACCCUUGCAAACAUACUGUGGCGAGAGGAAGGCUUGAGUGUUGGGAAUAUGUUCUAUGUCUUUUCUGAUGAUGGGAUCACCGUCCUUCAGCCAAACGAAUGUGAAAUCCGGAGACACAUCAGGCCUGAAGAGAGGAUUUUCUCAAGUUAUGAGGAGAUCUGUCCUAGAGUGGAAGGUGAAGACACUCAGUCCUGCCUCUGGGCUUCAGCAGUCAAUGUCAGAGACAAGUACAUUUAUGUGACACAGCCAAAGCAGAACAGAGUAAUGAUAAUUGAUAUCCAGACUCAAAAAGCCAUACAGUCCUUGGAUGUGGACCCAUUACCAACCAAAUUACAUUAUGACAAGUCCCACGACCAAGUGUGGGUGCUCAGCUGGGGGGACAUGAGGAAAUCAUCACCCACACUGCAGGUGAUUCCAGAGGCAAGCGCUGGAGAGGAUCCACAUGUUAUCCACACACCCUUUGAAGGAGUGGAAGAUUUUUUUAUACCACCUACAAAUCUUAUUAUUAAUCAUGUUAGGUUUGGCUUCAUUUUCAACCAUUCCAAGCACGCGGUCCACAAGAUCGACCUGGAGACUGUGACGCACAUCAAGACCAUCCACCUCAAGGCCUACGGCUGCGUGCCUCAGGCCAUGGCCUACACUCACCUGGGUGGUUACUACUUCGUGCAGUGCAGGAGGAGCCGCCCGGGGGCCGCCUCACUGCAGCUCGUCAUCGACAGCGUCACCGACGCCGUGGUCGGCCCCAACGGCCGCGUGGCGGGCGCGCCCCACGUCUCCCCCGACGGGCGCUACCUGGUCAGCGCCGACCGCGCCAGCGGCGCCAUCACCGUCCAGGCCCUCAGCGUCCAGGGGGAAAUCAAGUUGAUUUAUGACUUAAAAACAAACAUACACGUGUCCGAUCUGACAUUUCAGCCCUCGUUCACUGAAGGCAAUCAGUACUAUAUAUACGCUACUUCACAUUUGCAAACAGAUGUGCUUUUUGUGGAGCUGUCAACGGGGAGGAUGAAUGUACUGAAGAAUUUAAAGGACCCUAUCACGUCCAAAGACUGGCCCUGGAGCAGCAACAACAGAAUUAUGAAAGACAGUGGAUUGUUUGGACAGUAUCUCAUUACACCAGCUAAAGAUUCGUUGUUUGUUAUAAAUGGGAGGCAAAAUACGUUACGCUGUGAGGUUUCAGGUAUAAGGAGGGGAAACACAGUGGUCUGGGUUGGGGAGGUAUGAAAGGGCAGAAGCAGCGGAGCCUUUGGCAGGCAAGGACCAGUUGGACCUUUACACUGCAGGAAAUGAGCAGUAGCAUUGUAUAUUUUUACACUGGGAAAACAAAAAGACAAAAAACGCUGUAUAGGCUUCAUGGUACAACACUGGUCUACUUGCAAGUUUUAUAUUAUAAAGUAUGCUCUGCUAAUAGGAAGUGGUUUUGAAGGGAUAUUUUUUAUUUGUGGGUAUGAUUUGUGGUUAUGAGAAAAAUGCUGGGAAGCAAAUAAUAUCUCCACUGAGAUAUCAUACAAGCCACGAAACCUAAUAAUUCUGUAGAACAAAACAGAUUUUGACUUUCCAUACUGAGGAGCUUUUAUGUUCUGUCCUAACAUCAGUUUUCUUCCCUGUAUCCCUUGCCUGUUGGCUGCACUGACUACCCCACCCCAGCACAGGAGACAGCAGCAGCGAGAACUAUUCACCUUUGAAUAUUCACCUUUGGAUGAUGAGGGAAAGUAAACAUCAGAGCAGUUUUCAACCCAGAGAAUCCUAGGAAAGCGAUUUAAUGAAAACUGAUCAGUUUUCUCUGCAGGAUGGCUUUGAGAGGGUUCACUGAUGUGAUUUCAGAAGGAGGCAUCACAGAAAUAGUAACUGUCAGCUCGCUUGCUUCUGCACUUCAUUUUGCUCUUGGUCCUACUGAAGGCAAUGGGAUGAGUCCCCCCUCUUCCAGUGCACAUUUGUGUGAUUGUAUUUGAGAAAUUUGCCAUGAAAUAUCCAGGCCAUUACCCAUCCAGGCCUGGGUAAAAGCUGGAAAAUACUGACAGGGGGGGUCAGAGUUUAUGUAAACAAUUUUGUUGAGAAGGUGGCAUUAGUCUUUCAACGGCUCAUGAGUGUGGUCAGUUUGGGAACAAUAUGCAAAAUCUACUCUGUGGGGGUAGAGAAUUAGUUAUGGUUAUUCCCAUAGGAGACAGCAACAGUUCUAGAAAUCAUUGGUUUCCCUCAUUAAGCAUUUAGGAGCACUGGAAUCACUUGGUUCUUCAUAAAAUAACAGUUAAAAUAACAGAGGUUAUUUUUAAUAGAAAACUCACUCAUUUUCUAGUCAUAGCCUUAAUUUGCCUGUUUCUUUUCAGAACAAGUAGGAAACAAUUUUUCCUUGUUUUUUUCCUUUCUGUUUAUAGUACACUUGUUUAUAGUCAAUUAUCUUUUAGUUAUGAGCAAAGACAUUCAUGUAAAAGCAGCUGAAUUAUCCAAGAAUGCAACAGCUGGCAUUGAGAAAUUUCAGUUGAGUCCCCAUAAAAACAUACAGCCAUUUAUUUGCACACUUGGAAGAUAUAAAAAACUUUUCUAUUUGCAUUUUUCUAACUUUCUAUAUCCAUCACUAUGAAGUAAGGAGGGCAAAAGCAGCUGUGGCAGCAGAGCCAGGCAAGAAGUGGUGCCACCCAAGCCGUUGUAACCAUCACUUGGAUAAUGGGGUCUUCAGGUGGGUGAAACCUCUCUGCAGGUAAAAUAUCAGUAGCAUUGGAGCCACCCAUUGGCCUCUGGACAGACCCAGCUUUGUUUGCCAAGGACCUUGUUGCCCAGAGUCUGCAAAAAGCUGCCUUUGAACACGUGCAGUGAUAGGUAGAGGUGUAAUUAUUUCCCUCCACAGAUGCUUUAAGUCACCCAUUCCACAACAUACACAGAGGGAUUUUAAGCAAGAAGGAAACAGAAUAACACUGGCAAUCUUUGCUUUAAGUGUUUAACUUUAUCAGAAGAGCAGCAUUCUAGCAUGGCUGUAGACCUGAGGUAUUUUACACCAUUUCAGUUCUAUAGAGAAUAUAAAAAUCUGUUCCAACAGACAAAGAAGGGGAGCUGAAUCCUAUGAAUUCAUUAACCAUGGAGUCCUUGAAAUUGUCCUUCAACAUCCGUGUGCUGUCCUACAUUUCUUUCACUUAUGAGCCAUAGGAGUUAGAAGAGACUCUUCUAUCAUUGCAACACAGACAUGUGAGACAGAUGGGCAUAGAUUUCCUUCAGCAAUGCAUGGUGUCCAUGAUUUUGUAUUCAUCCCAUUAGAAAACAUAUCCCAUGUCAAAGAAAGGAGAAGACCAGCUUUGUAAGUACCUUUAAAUAUGCACAGCUCCUUUCUUGAACAAAGUUGUAUCCAUACAUUGCAGCCAUCCUAAAUGUGUUUUACCAAGGCCAAACACUGCUCUCGUGUUAUCUUUUAUGACUUCUUGAGUAUUUUAUUAUGCCUAUGGUAAGUUUUCCCUGUAGAGAUGUUCAUUGUGUCAUAGAUCAAGCAAAUAUUACUUUUUUAAGAAUAUUUAAAAAAAAAAAAGUGUAUAUAUAUGUUCAGGUAAAUAUUCUUGAGGCUGGUUUAUAUAUAGGUUGUGAAAGAUGUGUAACAGACCUCACUUUUUCCUGUUUAUUGCAAAGUAUUGGAAUAACAUUCACUUGAAAAAAUCCCACAUGGACCUUCCAAAGAUGUUCCCUUUGUUCCCUCUCCAGCCCAAGUUCCGGUGAUGUGUUUUUCUAAAGUAUCCUAAUGGUUAUAUAUCAUACUUAGAAAAUGAAGUAUAAUUUAGAUUGUCCACACUACUUGUGAACAGUUCCAAUGACAGUCAAAUCUGACAUUAAAGUGCUGCACAUUUGUUACUCUGAUAUUUUUUUUUUUACAACAUAGAAAUUUUAUAUAUAUUCAAAAAAAUGUUUCAACUCAUA